CACAUUUUCUUGGUCUCCCUCAGUUAUCCACCUUACAAACUGCUAUUCCGAACAAUGGCCAUCAUCGAGGAGGUCCCAGCCAGCUCCACCAUCCGCUCUAGAGCACCCACAAAGGAUAACAAGCAGAAGGGCAAAUCCAACGGCCAACCAACCAUCCCGCUCGUCCACCCUUCCGCCCUCCCCAAACCCACAGCACCGCCCUUGCUCAACGUCCCUCCUCCGGGCACUAUCCCAGAUGGAGCCAGAGUACAUACAGUCGGCUCUGCAGAGGAGAUUGAGCAGCUACAGCAACAGCUUGAAGGGAAGCGUGGAGAGGAAGAAGACGACGAAGAUGAAGACGAAGACGAAGAACAUGAACGAGAGGAGCAAGGGGAUGAUGUGAUAUUCAAUACGCUCAUUAUGGCUGUGCCGUUCACUUUUCUCUAUUUGAUGUUGGAUAUACUGGUGCAUCUGCAAUAUUCCCAUAAAGCUGGAUGGUAUUUACUGGGUGAACAUGCACUCAAAGCUUUGCCGACAUUAAGUCUGCUUAUCUACUACACCAAUGAAUACCCCACUCACCCCUUGACCAACUCUUUCCUCAUGUCUGCGUCCAUCUUGUCCGGAUGUCGAUUGGUAUGGCUCGUAAACAAGGCCAGUUGGAGUGUUGUCACUGCGCAGGCUCCUCCUAUGGGGACGCUGUGGAUACUCACCAUCGUGCAACUGCCGUUAGGACGAGCCCUGCUGGCAUUGAUGUUUGUCGGCGGCUGGUUCUGGUACGCUGACCUCAAGUUUGCACCUUGAUUUGAUCGAUACUUGUACACAUCACACACACCCCAUGCAUUCAUUACAAGCAG